UCUCUGGAGCUCAGGACAUGUGACUUUGGGGCUAUUUAAGGACUGUCGGCCGUCGCCUAACCUCCCCUCAACUUAAAGAUACGCUUUCCAUGGCUUCCGUCUGCACCGGUCACAGCGAACAUGUGGAACAGCUGGCCACCAUGCCAGUGCCAGACAGCAGCACGCUACCCCCAGGGCACGGCCAACUGUACCCAGCGGCUGUGACGGUGACGUCAUUCAAUCAUCCACGGGGGGAUUUCUGGAGGGGGAACCAUCACCAGAGGGCUUUAGUAUACAAGGAGGCGGUGCGAGGCAUUGACAGGAUUCCUAGAGUAGUAGCAGUUCCUAGGAACACCGAGAGGAGAGAGGGGUACAAGAGUUUGUUCCAGGACUUGACAGGGCCACAGCUUAGGACUGAUUUGAAGAUUAUUUUCCGUGAAGGGACUCAAACCAUUGCGGUCAAUGUUCAUAGAGAAGUCUUGGAAUCUGUCUCAGAACUGAUGAGACACUAUUUGCUGAACAGUGUAGUGCGCAACUCACUGUACAUUUCUGGCAACCGGUUGUACAACAUCCGGGUGUUUGAGGGCAUCACUGAGUAUGCUUAUACAGGAGACAUCACAGUUAAUGCCCACAUCUGGCAGAUCCUGCUGGGCAGCAUCAAAUUUAACCUCCCUAGGCUUACAGUAAGUGGUGCCUUAAACAUCCCUAGGCUUACAGCAAUAUGUGAGGCAUACUUGAUUAAGUCCCUCAAUCUUCAGAAUGUCUGUGAGACUUACAGAAACGCCAGUGCCUUUAUACAUCUACCUGCUUUGGCAAUGGAGGCCAAGAAAUUCAUUACGGAAAAUCUUUUCUACGUUUCAAAAAGUUCCGACUGGCUGACCCUCAAACCAGCAGAGGUUGUGAACAUUCUCAGGGAAGAUGAUUUGGUGGUUCUCAAUCCAUUUUCGGGCUACCCACUACCGUCGCGAGAUCGGGAACUAGUCAUUCUUGAGGCCAUCAUGGCAAGUUUUUCAUUCAACCAACACCAUUUGCCCUCAACUCAGUAUAGAAUGCUCACCACCGUUCGUUUUGUCGACAUCGGAGUGGAGAACGCCUCGGCUAUGAUAUUUGCACGGUUUCCUGGAUUCGUGACCCACCCCACAGUGAUUCAGGUCAUGCUGGAAGUUUCCAGAAUUUUCGCAGCCUCGACUGACCAGGAACUGCAGCAGGCUUUGGAUGCCACCGCCCCACCGGCUUUGUGGACUUACAGAAGUCUGGCGGCUUGUGAGGUCCAUGACGUCAUUCGUGUGUACGCUCCGCUGACUGAGAGGCCGUUUAUCCCAAGGAACCUGACUGGUCGUUUCAGGGAGAAUUUGGAGAUCGGUGGAUUCAAGUUCUGCUUCAGACCCAGCGGCAGUUGCUUUGUGCUUGGAGGUCUGGGGGUGCUGUACAGAGAUCAAACCACAAAGGAGAUAAAGUAUGCUGAGGAGAAAGGAAUUGUGGAUCAAAGUGGGCUCUUGAAUAUUACACUGGAUCCUCAUGAACACGUGACCAGUGCCAGCAUUGGAUCCUCCGACAAAAUCCACAAACUGACGUUUGGCACCACCCUCGGGCGCACUCUAGGACCUUACGGAUGCAGGGAGCAGGGAACCGCAGUCUUCCUAUCCGUACCUCGUACCAGGUCCUUCCGCUUGUGCGACUUGCAAUUUGAUCGCGUCCUUGUGGAAGGGAACUAUUGCAUUGUCAACUUGGCCUUCAGAUGGAUCAGCUUCCAAUAGUUAAUUAGUGUAACAUUAUGUAAUCAAGUAGUACCAGUUAAUCAAGAAACUCAUCUCAUUAGUGUAGGUCAUCAUCAUUAGGGUUAGUGAUUAUCGCCAUGGAAAGAAAAGAUGUAUCAUUUUUUUUUUACAAUGUUUGCUUGUACCUGUUUUACCUUAACAUGACAAUUUUUCCUGUUUAAAAUGUGUAGCUCUAAAUCAUUUUUCAUUUUUUUUUUCAGUCUGUAUAAUUUCCGUAGUAUUCAUUUUUAAUUUCAAACUUUUACUCAAUACAUUCCAUUAUUUACUCUCAUAUAAUCUGUUUAUAUAUACUCCUCUAUAAUAAGCAUAUCUACUUAAAUAAAA